UUUUUUAACAAGAAAAAAAUGUGUAUAUUUAUGGUAUUUAUAACAAUGUUUUGAGAUAUGCACAUAUUGUGGAAUGGCUAAAUCAAGAUACUUAAUAUAUAUUAUACUUUUUUUGUGGUGAGAACACUUAAACCUAUUCUCAGCAAUUUUUAAGUAUACCUUGCUAUUAACUAUAGUCACCUUGUUGUACAAUAGAUGUCCUGAACUUACUGACAUUUUUUUUCUUUUGACCAGCAUCUCCUUAGUACCCCUACUAUACCAUUCUACUCUCUGCUUAUCUGAGUUCAACUUUCAGAUAGCAUGUAUGAGUGAGAACAUGUGGUCCUUAUCUUUCUAUGCCUGGCUUUAUUUCACUUUAUGUAAUGUCUUCCAGGUUCAUCCAUGUUUCACAAAUAACAGGAUUUCCUUGCUUUUUAUAGCUGAAUAGUAUUUCAUUGUAUGUAUACCACAUUUGGAAAACAUAAUUCUAAGUGUGAGUGAGAUCAAGGGCCAUGCACAGUAUGCAAAUAUGUCUUUCACCUUAAUGUUAAGACUUUGGGUUGUAAUCCCAUUAAACCAAGAAGGAGGCCUAGGGUCAGACAAGUGAAUUACUUGCUCAAGGUCUGAAAGGAUUUAAACCUGGUGAUUUCAAAGCCCAGUCCUUAAUACUAUAACACUAGGGUUUUGGACUAUAACACUAGGGUUUUUCCAAUGCAGUGUUUUAUGGCUCUAUGUGAAGCUGAUAUAGCCUCUAACAUGGGACCUGCAAGUGUUUGGAGGUAUUCGAAGAAGCACAUUCUAACCCUGGCUUUGCCUGGUUACGGUGAAUCUUGAACGAAUCACUUCACUUCUUUUUUCCCUUAUAUUCUUCUGUCAAAAGUGGGAUUAACAACAUGUGCUUCCCAGGGUUUCUGAAGGAUCAAGUGCAACGAAGUUUGUGAAAAAUGUACAGUAGUUUACAAAUCUAAAAAAAAAAAAUCAUUAUAUUACUGAGCAAUGAUUAAAUCCAGCCUUCGUCACCUUAGUGGAUCCUCAAUGAGACUUAUUAUUUUAUUUCAGCAGGUGACCUUGGCUUCAUGGCAGAGAACAGCACCAGGGUGGUGGAGUUUAUUUUGAUGGGGUUCCAGGUUCACGCAGAGCUGCAGUUAUGUUUGUUCUUCGUGUUUCUGGCCUUUUAUCUCAUCACCAUGGGGGGAAACCUGGGCAUGAUCAUGCUGAUUCAGAGUGAACCUCAGCUGCAGACUCCCAUGUACUUCUUCCUCAGCCACCUGUCCUUCCUGGACAUCUGUUACUCUUCUGUUAUUGUCCCUCAGUUGCUUGAGACCUUGAGGACUGAGAAGACGGUCAUCACCUACGAGCGCUGUGCCACCCAGUUCUUCUUUUUUACGUUCUAUGGUAGCACCGAGUGUUUCCUUUUGGCUGUGAUGGCCUAUGACCGCUACGUGGCUGUGUGUAAUCCCCUCCUCUAUGCCACGGCCAUGACACCGCAUACCCGCCUGGGGCUGGUGGCUGCUGCAUAUGCUGGUGCCAUGGUGAAUUCCGUGGUCCGCACUGGGUGUACCUUCUCCAUCUCCUUCUGUAAAUCCAAUCAAGUGGACUUCUUCUUUUGUGACCUUCCACCACUGCUGAAACUGGCCUGUAGUGAGACCAGGCCCCGGGAGCAGGUCAUCUACCUCUUUGCUUUCCUGGUCAUCAUCUUGAGCAUUUCAGUGAUUCUUAUAUCCUACAUGUUCAUCAUUUGGGCCAUUCUGAAGAUUCAGACAGCGGGUGGUAAAGCCAGGACCUUCUCCACUUGUACUUCUCACAUGAUGGCGGUGGCUCUAUUCUUUGGGACACUCAUAUUCAUUUACCUGAAAGGUAACAUGGGCAAGUCCCUCUGGGAAGACAAGAUUGUGUCAAUGUUUUACACUGUAAUCAUUCCCAUGCUAAACCCCAUGAUCUACAGCCUGAGAAACAAGGAAGUGCAGGAGGCUCUGAAGAAAGUCUUCAAAAGAUUUGUGAGGGUUUCCCAAGCUGAGAAAGGCUGGCGCUUCAUCAGGCCAGAAGUACCUGCAAGUCAUGCUUUGAGUUUUUAAUCUCACUCUCUUAAAACAUCAACUAGAUUUCAUAAUUACU